AUGAAAUAUGCAAGUUUCGAGUUAUGCUUAAACACCAUUGCAAUUCUAAUUUUGGACAGAGAUGUUGUUAAUCAAGAAACAAUGAAGGUCAUUGAACAAAAUGAUGAUAGUUGGGAUCCUAAAAGCAAAACUGGAGCUGAAUUGUCCCAAGAUGAUGAAUUUUUAGCCGUUGUAGUUUCGGCACCGGUGGAAAAGUAUGUGAGAAUAGUGGUGAUUAAAGAGAUAAAAGGGUCACAAUAUAUGUUGCAGUUAGAGAGGUGGAUGAGAGAUGAUUUAGCAGCGGCCGAUAAGUACAAAGACGAAGAAUCCCUUGAAAAAGUUAUUGAAUUACUUAGAAGUAGAUUUUUGGUACGAUAUCUUUGA